GGGAAGGAGAGCCGGUUGUGCCCUGUGGUGUGCGCGCGCGCGCGCGUUUGUGUGUGUGUGAGUGUGUUUUUGUGUGUGUGUGUGUGUGUGUGUGUGUGUGUAUGUAUAUGUGUUCGUGGGGCACCGUCUCAGCCCCGGGAAGAUGGUGGCGGCGGCGGCGGCGACUGAGGCGAGGCUGAGGAGGAGGACGGUGGCGACGCCAGCGCCCGGGAGCAGGAACAGCAGGCGGUGCCGGGACUGGGACGCGACCAGGGCUGGGAGGCCAGGGCUGGGGACCCGGCUGCGCCUCCCACGGCGGCGGCGGCGGCGGCUGCUGCUGUUGCUGCUGCUCCCGCCGCUGCUGCUGCUUCCCUGGGCGGCUGAGGCCGCGGCGGCAGCGACGGCGGUGUCGGGCUCAGCCUCAGCAGAGGCCAAGGAAUGCGACCGGCCCUGUGUCAACGGCGGCCGCUGCAAUCCUGGCACUGGCCAGUGCGUCUGCCCCGCCGGCUGGGUGGGCGAGCAAUGCCAGCACUGCGGGGGCCGCUUCAGACUAACUGGAUCUUCUGGGUUUAUAACAGAUGGACCUGGAAAUUAUAAAUAUAAAACAAAGUGCACAUGGCUCAUUGAAGGACAGCCAAAUAGAAUAAUGAGACUUCGUUUCAAUCAUUUUGCUACAGAGUGUAGUUGGGACCAUUUAUAUGUUUAUGAUGGGGACUCAAUUUACGCACCUCUAGUUGCUGCCUUUAGUGGCCUCAUUGUUCCUGAGAGAGAUGGCAACGAGACUGUCCCAGAGGUCGUUGCCACAUCAGGUUAUGCCCUGCUGCAUUUUUUUAGUGAUGCUGCUUAUAAUUUGACUGGAUUUAAUAUCACUUACAAUUUUGACAUGUGUCCGAAUAAUUGCUCAGGCCGAGGAGAAUGUAAGAUCACUAAUAGCAGCAACACUGUUCAAUGUGAAUGUUCUGAAAACUGGAAAGGUGAAGCAUGUGACAUCCCUCACUGUGUAAAUAACUGUGGUUUUCCUCAUCGAGGCAUCUGCAAUUCAAGUGAUGUCAGAGGAUGCUCCUGCUUCUCAGAGUGGCAGGGUCCUGGAUGUUCAGUUCCUGUACCAGCUAACCAGUCAUUUUGGACACAAGAGGAAUAUUCUAACCUAAAGCUCCCCAGAGCCUCUCACAAAGCUGUGGUCAAUGGAAAUAUAAUGUGGGUCGUUGGAGGAUAUAUGUUCAACCACUCAGAUUACAACAUGGUUCUAGCGUAUGACCUUGCUUCUAGGGAGUGGCUUGCACUGAACCGUUCUGUGAACAAUGUGGUUGUUAGAUAUGGUCAUUCUUUAGCAUUAUACAAGGAUAAAAUUUACAUGUACGGAGGAAAAAUUGAUUCAACAGGGAAUGUGACCAAUGAGUUGAGAGUGUUUCAUAUUCAUAAUGAAUCAUGGGUAUUGUUGUCCCCUAAAGCAAAGGAGCAGUAUGCAGUGGUUGGGCACUCAGCACACAUUGUCACAUUGAAAACUGGCCAAGUGGUCAUGCUGAUUAUCUUUGGUCACUGCCCUCUCUAUGGAUAUAUUAGCAAUGUGCAGGAGUAUGACUUGGGUAAGAACACAUGGAGUAUAUUACAUACCCAGGGUGCCCUUGUCCAAGGGGGCUAUGGCCAUAGCAGUGUCUAUGACCACAGGACCAGGUCCCUGUAUAUUCAUGGAGGCUACAAGGCUUUCAGUGCCAAUAAAUACCGGCUUGCAGAUGAUCUCUACAGAUACAAUGUGGACACCCAGAUGUGGACUAUUCUUAAGGACAGCCGAUUUUUCCGUUACUUGCACACAGCUGUGAUAGUGAGUGGAACCAUGCUGGUGUUUGGAGGAAACACACACAAUGACACAUCCAUGAGCCAUGGAGCCAAAUGCUUCUCUUCAGAUUUCAUGGCUUACGACAUUGCUUGUGACCGAUGGUCAGUGCUUCCCAGACCUGAUCUCCACCAUGAUGUCAACAGAUUUGGCCAUUCAGCAGUCUUAUACAACAGCACCAUGUAUGUAUUUGGUGGUUUCAAUAGUCUCCUCCUCAGUGACAUCCUGGUAUUUACUUCAGAACAGUGUGAAGCACACCAGAGUGAAGCUGCUUGUCUAGCAGCAGGACCUGGCAUCCGGUGUGUGUGGGACACAGGGUCAUCUCAGUGUGUCUCCUGGGAGUUGGCGACUGAAGCACAAGAAGAAAAGUUAAAAUCAGAGUGUUUUUCUAAAGGAACUCUUGACCAUGACAGAUGUGACCAGCACACGGAUUGUUACAGCUGCACGGCCAACACAAAUGACUGCCACUGGUGCCAUGACCAUUGUGUCCCUAUGAACCACAGCUGCACAGAAGGCCAGAUCUCCAUUUCCAGGUACGAUCAUUGCCCCAAGGAUAACCCCAUGUACUACUGUAACAAGAAGACCAGCUGCAGGAGCUGUGCCCUGGACCAGAACUGCCAGUGGGAGCCUCGGAAUCAGGAGUGCAUCGCCCUGCCUGAAAAUAUCUGUGGCAUUGGCUGGCAUUUGGUUGGAAACUCAUGUCUGAAAAUUACUACUGCCAAAGAGAAUUAUGACAAUGCAAAAUUGUCCUGUAGGAACCACAAUGCCUUUUUGGCUUCUCUUACAACCCAGAAGAAGGUGGAAUUUGUCCUUAAGCAGCUGCGAAUCAUGCAGUCAUCGCAGAGCAUGUCCAAGCUCACCUUAACCCCGUGGGUUGGCCUUCGGAAGAUCAAUGUGUCCUACUGGUGCUGGGAAGAUAUGUCCCCAUUCACAAAUAGUUUGCUACAGUGGAUGCCAUCUGAGCCCAGUGAUGCUGGAUUCUGUGGAAUUUUGUCCGAACCCAGUACUUCGGGCUUAAAAGCUGCAACCUGCAUCAACCCACUCAAUGGUAGUGUCUGUGAAAGACCUGCGAACCACAGUGCCAAGCAGUGCCGGACACCGUGUGCCUUGCGGACGGCAUGUGGGGAGUGUACCAGCGGCAGCUCCGAGUGCAUGUGGUGCAGCAACAUGAAGCAGUGCGUGGACUCCAAUGCCUACGUGGCCUCCUUCCCUUUUGGCCAGUGUAUGGAGUGGUAUACCAUGAGCAGCUGCCCCCCUGAAAAUUGUUCAGGCUACUGUACCUGUAGUCACUGCUUGGAGCAACCAGGCUGUGGCUGGUGUACUGAUCCCAGCAAUACUGGCAAAGGGAAAUGCACAGAGGGCUCCUAUAAAGGACCAGUGAAAAUGCCUUCUCAGGCCCCUACAGGAAAUUCCUAUCCACAGCCCCUUCUCAAUUCCAGCAUGUGUCUGGAGGACAGCAGAUACAACUGGUCUUUCAUUCAUUGUCCAGCUUGCCAGUGCAAUGGCCACAGCAAAUGCAUUAAUCAGAGUAUCUGUGAGAAGUGUGAAAACCUGACCACGGGCAAGCAUUGUGAGACCUGCAUAUCUGGCUUCUAUGGUGAUCCGACCAAUGGGGGAAAAUGUCAACCAUGCAAGUGCAAUGGGCACGCGUCGCUGUGCAAUACCAACACGGGCAAGUGCUUCUGCACCACCAAGGGUGUCAAGGGGGACGAGUGCCAGCUAUGUGAAGUAGAAAAUCGAUACCAAGGAAACCCUCUCAAAGGAACAUGUUACUAUACUCUUCUUAUUGACUAUCAGUUCACCUUUAGCCUAUCCCAGGAAGAUGACCGCUAUUACACAGCCAUCAAUUUUGUGGCUACACCUGAUGAACAAAAUAGGGAUUUGGACAUGUUCAUCAAUGCCUCCAAAAACUUCAACCUCAACAUCACCUGGGCUGCCAGCUUCUCAGCUGGAACCCAGGCUGGAGAAGAGAUGCCUGUUGUUUCAAAAACAAACAUUAAGGAGUACAAAGAUAGUUUCUCUAAUGAGAAGUUUGAUUUUCGCAACCACCCAAAUAUCACUUUCUUUGUUUAUGUCAGUAAUUUCACCUGGCCCAUCAAAAUUCAGAUUGCCUUCUCCCAGCACAGCAAUUUUAUGGACCUGGUACAGUUCUUCGUGACCUUCUUCAGUUGUUUCCUCUCUUUGCUCCUGGUGGCUGCUGUGGUUUGGAAGAUCAAACAAAGUUGUUGGGCUUCCAGACGUAGAGAGCAACUUCUUCGAGAGAUGCAGCAGAUGGCCAGUCGUCCCUUUGCCUCUGUAAAUGUUGCCUUGGAAACAGAUGAAGAGCCUCCUGAUCUUAUUGGGGGAAGUAUAAAGACUGUUCCCAAGCCCAUUGCCCUGGAGCCAUGUUUUGGCAACAAAGCUGCUGUCCUCUCUGUGUUUGUGAGGCUCCCUCGAGGCCUCGGUGGAAUCCCUCCUCCUGGGCAGUCGGGUCUCGCAGUGGCCAGCGCCCUGGUGGACAUUUCUCAGCAGAUGCCAAUAGUAUACAAAGAGAAGUCAGGAGCAGUGAGAAACCGGAAACAGCAGCCCCCUGCACAGCCUGGGACCUGCAUCUGAUGCUGGGGCCAGGACUCCCUGUGAGCAGGGAGUGGCGUGCCAGAGCCGUCUGCAAAGAGGGAGCAGGCAGGGAGACACUGUGCAGGGCAGAAGACUGGAAACUCUCGAAACAUCCACCUCAUCCGCAUGUUCACAAGCUUUCUUUGACAGUUUCUUCCAACUGUGCUCCAGCAUCUAACCUUUUACUUUCAUAUAGGAAAUAAUUGAUUUAGUUACAGGUCCAGGGAUGAUCCAGUUGUUGACGGAGGAGGCCGGUGUAGAGCGAGUGAGAGAGCUAGGAAUGACACUCAGGUUCACGUGUGGAAAACUGUUCUUGGGACUGUCUCAACAGUGCAAAAAACAAAGAUGUAGUGUUUACAAGUAGACAUUUGUCAUCAGUCAUUCUUGAACAUGGUCUUUUAAAAACUAGUCAGAUGAAUUAACCUGUUUUCAUCUGAAGCCUGCUAUCUUUUUUAAAAGAUGUGCUAUUUAUUCUUGCACAAUUUAGGCAAAUAUCUCUCUUUCAGGGAGUAACUUUUUUUCUAGUUGAGAAUUAAUAAUGGUCCAUCUCUUUUGAAUCAUAAGAUAGAAGAGGCUAUUUUAAAUGUCAAGGUCAGCAGUGUUACUUGGAAUGCCAACUGAUAUAAUGGGUAGUUUUCUGUAGCAACUUGAUUAAUUUAGUCUGAAUCCAUUUGAAGUUCUCUCUCUCUCUCCUCUUUCAUUCCCUCCCUCUCUCUCCUUCACUUCCUCUUUAUCUCUCUCUGUCUCUGUCUUUGUCUUUCUUUCUCACACUCAUACACACACACACACACACACACACACACACACACACACACACACACACACACACACACACACACACACACACACACUAAGUGCCUAGACUUUAAAUAGAUCUAGCAAUUGGAAAGUUAGUAAGCAUAAGUUUUUACAUAAUUGCAUUCCUACAUUCUUAUAAAACUUAAAUAGCUAUCAUUGGCAAUCUGCUCUUUUUCUAAAACCUAAUUUGCCGCCAGAAAACAGUUUUCUCACCCCGAGAAACAUUUAACGUAGCAGCAGGGAUUGAGAGGAAAACAGAAAUGACCUAACUGUCAAAGCUCCUGUUUUUGUUGUCAAAAAGGACACUAAAUAAGGCAUGUUCCCACGUGCCUCCUUGCCCCAGGUCACUCUAGGCCUGAUGUUUGCUUCAGCCCUUCUGGGUGCUCCUGCCAAGGCAUCACAGAGGGAGGGGCUCACUCAUGUUACAUGUCUCCCUUGAGCCGAAAAGAGCAUGACAGCACUUGGGACCCCUUAAUCAAAGGGCAACUCUUUGUUCCUGUAGUCUGCUUGAGCUGGUGGGUCAUUCUUCAUUCUCAGGCUCAGGUGGAGUGCCAGGAGAGGGUCGGUCUCCUGUUGUCGGGCAGAACCUGCCCAAAGCCUGGAGGAGAACCUGAAGCUGUUUGCCCUCUUUCUCCUCCUCCCUAGGAGGGGCUUAGGCCUCCCAUGCUCCCUCCCAGACCCAACGGGUAGCUGUGGGGAGGGCAGUGAACGAUAAGGAUGAAAAGCACAUGGGAAAAAUGGACAAGGGGAGAAAACUAUGCCAAAUGAAAAGUGACCAAAUUGAAGUAGUGACCAAAUUGAAGUGGAGCAGGCCAGUCCCUGCUCUUCUCCCCAGGGCACUGCCUGGAUGGUGUGUUGUCCCCGUCCAUGGUGCUCUGUAUUCUGGCAUUAUGCAGCAGCCUCCCAAGAUCUCUCUUCUGCUUCAAAACCCAGUGUUCUAUGGCAUUACCCUGGGGGCGUAGACCUUUAGACAACAAUGCUCAAGUUUGUGAAUUCGGAGAAAUCAAUACUCAAAAGAGCAAAAACUGUGGCAUUUCACCUUUAUAUGCAGUGCCUAGAGAGGGAAUAUGACCUCUUCCCCAACAUUAACCCCACUCCCAUGAAGAAUUGCCUGGAAAGAUGUUUUCAAGGAUGUUGAAGCAUAAAACACUGAUGCACAAAACACCUCUACUUUGAGACUUGCCUCUCAAAAUGCUGCUUUUUCACAUUAUUGUUAAAGAGCAGAUGGUUCUAGAAAAGACCCCUCCUCUUACAAGCUCCCCAUGUCCCUGCCCCAGAUCACAGUACCCGCAGAGAGCCUGCUGGGGACUGGCCCUUCACCCCUGUGAUUACCAAAAGGCCACUGGAGAGGACCCUCCCACAAGGGAAGUCCUUGUUUGUUCAAAGGACUGGUGUUUCCUUGGCAAAGAAGCCUCCUCCCCAUGGUAGUCCCAUGCCUUGAAAUAAUAAGCACCAUGUCCCGUAGCCACCUGGUUAUUUUCUUUUUUCUAAAAGAUAAUGUUUAUUUUUUAAAAGGAAGGAAAGAGCAAGUGAAGUUUAAUUCUGCUCCAACAGUGGAGAAACAACUGAAUCCACCUGCUUCUCCUUUGCAGCCAGUAGCAAACAGCUUCCUUCAGGCUUGGGCCAGAGGAAGGGGGUGGCAGGAGAAGGAGGCACUCAGCUUAGAGUCAGUUAUCAAGAGGAAGUCAUGUGGAACUUCAGAGCCUGUAUAUAAAUUAAAAUAGUUAUGAAAACAUCGAUAUUGCACUUGUACAUAACUAUACAGUAGUGUCUGAAUGUUCAGACAUUUGGAGUGUACAUAAAACAGAAAAAUAUCUUAAUGUAUUUUUAUUAAACAUAAUGAUGUCUGA